GAGUGUAUCUGAGAGGCUGUUCAAGCACCCUCCAGAGCAGGCCUGCCUCCUCUCCCAGGUAAUUUUAGCGCCUAUGGCACCACACCCCACUUGGAAGGUGAGGAUGUCAAACAGGUUGGCUUUCCCUCAGGGGAGCGGGUGGAGUAAGCGCGCGCUGGCUCCCUUCUCACUGGCUCCCCUGCUCUCCGCCUUCGCCGCCUGGGCGAUAAAUACGUUUCUUAGAGGGCAGGUGGCACCUACGGUGCUGCUCGUGGCUUUGCCAUAGCGGGGCCGUCUGCUUUUGUUACCUGUCCUGCACCAGACUCGGUUUUUGGGGACGUCUCUCUGUUCCACAGUGCUUGAGUGGGAUGGUGAGUGACCUUGUUGGACAGAGCCCCUGAUUAAAAGCGUCCCCUCAAAGCUUUGCACUGCCAACGUCUAUCGUCAUUGCCUGGAAAAAGUCAGUGCAAUCAGAGCACUGCACAGAAGACCAUGGGGAAAUUCAGAAGAAUCCUUCUCUUGUGCCUUGGCUUUCUUCUAGUCCACGUAAGAGGUCAACGUGACUUUGAUUUAGCUGAUGCUCUCGAUCACCCGGAUGACAUAAUUACGAGGAAGCCUACAGUGAUCAGAAGACCAACACGGCCUCUGCUGAACAAUGAUCUGCAUUUAGGAGAUGCUUUUGGUGGAGGUGACAUCCCAAGACAACCUUUAUACCCACCUCUUCCACCACGACCAGGAAGCCACAGUAAUUCUGGAGGUUUUAAUGACUUAGAUCUCGUUGAUGGGAAGCCCUUACCACCGCACAUAGCAGGAGAAGAAGAGCAUCAUUUCAAUCACGGUGGAAACACAGAUUCAGGAUUAAUAGCUGGUGUUACCUCUCCUAUAAUUUCUGCUUUUGUGAUAUUAGUUGUUGGAUCAAUAGCUGCCUACACAGCUUACAAGAACAACAAACUUUGUUUCAAACCACGUGGUGGGGCUACAGUGUAAGCUGCAGAAAUGAAAACUGUCCGCUGAUGACAGACUCCUUCGGUUGGCGAUGUUCAGCCCACAGAUCUGACUUUUUUUUUCUGCUUUAUAAUUCUGACAAAAAUAUCUUCCUCUGAUGAGCAUUUUGUUGAGACACUGCAACACUGUUCUCUUUGACCUGAUGUUACUCUUACACCUUGAGCUUUACAUCAUCAAAGAUGUACUUAAAAUGUCCAGGAAUAGUAUUGCACUAUCUGAUGUGUAUUCAUAAAUGCUGGAUAAGUAUUUUGAUUCAGAAGUUAUUUUAAAUAACACAGAUAUCAAGUAUACGAGCUUAAAAUUUAAUUUAAAGGUUCUGGCUUUGAACAUUUGAGUCAUGAACAUUUUUUUUUUCUAAAUUGGCCAAAAUACUUAAUCUUUCUGAUAGAACAGAAAUAAGGAAAUUGCCAUUUCCAUUCAUACAUUUUGGAUUUCUUCAGCAUAUUUCUGUAUUGUCUGUAAUGUUUAAGGAAAACUUGAAGUAGUAUAAAGGAUUAAGAAUUUUAAUGCCUUUAUUUUGUAUCUUAUGUUUGAAUUCUUGCAAAGUAGAAAGAGCUAUAGAUGGAAAAUUCAUUCUUAAUUUUGAAAUACAUCAUGAAAAGAAAAGAAAAAUACAUUGAUGAACCACUGUUUAAAAUAACAAAAAUGAUAGGAAAACAAGUUGAUUUUAUUUAUUUAUUUAUUAUUGAAAUGGUACUUAGCUCUUCUCAGGAACUAGAAUCUGCCAUAAAUUAUGUUUAUCGUUUAUCUGCCUGCUCUAGGAGCCUAUGAAGGCAAUCUACCUUUUUGUUUUUUACUUUUUUUUUUUUUUAAGAACCAUAUUAUUAAUAAUUUCUGUAAACGAACACUAUAUUCAGACGUUUUGGAAUCAUUUAGAACCAGUCUGUGUCACUUUGUCCUAUAAAAUCUAAGUCACGCCAACUUUUAAAUUUCAUACAUAUCCUUUAGCAGAGAUGUGGUUGAUACUUACAAUUUCAGUAGCAAUGCUGUUUCAUCUUUUCCCCUUCGUUCCUGAUCAACCUUAUUGUGUUAACAAAUAUUCUUAUGUAGACAAAGACUAUCAACAAAAACUAACACUUUUCCAGUUUCUCUGUCUUCGUGUAGCUAACUGAAUCAAAAUACUAGCAAAUGAAUGAAAAGUAGAUGAAAAGCUGGCAAAACUAGUAGUUUACUGACAUAAUUCUACAGUACAGAUAUUUUAGCUAACUUAAAAGCAUAGAGGAAAUCCAUGUGUUUUGUCUUCAUCUUAUACAUGAAGGAUGCUUUUUCUUACUAAAAUUGCAUGUAGAUUGCAUAAACAUGAUUUUGUGUUUGUUAAAUUGUUGAGAGAAAGAUGUCAUCUGAAAAAGUACGCUUUUUGUAAAAUAAAAUACUAUUUUAUCUACAUUAUACUUGAAAUUGUUAUGUUGCUGAAGAGGUUACCAAAAUCUUUAUUUUGAUCCUAAAAGUAAGAAAUUAUAAUGUACAUCAGUUUAAAUACAGAAACACCUUGACAACACAUGAAGGAAUGAGUAAUUCUGUGGCUAUCAUUUUCAACUUAUGAAUGGUAACAUAUUUUAAUAUGGUUUUCAAGUACACAUGCUAUUUCUUUAAAAAUACAAAUUUUCCACGUUAAUAUUUAUUAAAAAAAUGAUAUAUGUUUUUCCAGGUAGACAUAAAGUUUUGAUUAAUGAAAUGUUAAAACAUUUUGUACUUUCGAUGUCAGCUGCUUGUUAACAAUAAAAAUAUGUAUUUUCCUUCUUUCUCUUGAAAAUUUUCAAUAAACACAGACAGUGUUUUACCC